AUGGCCCAUGCACGCCCUCUCCCCCUGGCUCUGUUCCGACAGCCUAGAAGAUCCUGCUAUCUUAGCCCGGCUCUGCCAGCGUUUCCUCGCAUCAGCUCCACCCUCUCCCGGUAUUCAACUGCAACCCGCACUCACCCCUCCGCGUCCCCGGCGAACGACCCCAAACCCACCCAACACCCCUACCUCAAGCCACCCGCUGUCCUCUUUCCCUACCACCGUCUCCCCCGCAUCCAGACUCCCGCCUCCCUCCGCUCCCCUACAAAUCCAUUUGCUCGCCGUCCUCCAGGCUGGCGGGGCAUGCUCGGGGUGAAACGAAAUGAGAAGGUCAAGUCAUUGGAGAGGCAUUGGCGCGGAAGGGAAAAGAGUGAAGAUAAGGUGGAAGGAGGGACGGAAGAGAGCAAAAAGGCUCAUAGACUCCUUCUCGCCAAGCAUCUGUGGGCGAGCGCACCCCUCCUCUCCCUCCCUCCCCCGCCUCACGCCGGGAAAUCCCUCCUCACCCUCUCGCAACCACAGCUUCAGGAGUAUAUAGACCACUACACCCGAGCUCUCGGACCCGUUCCGCCUUUCUCCCUUCCUACGACACGGACUGCUGCGUGGCCUUCGCCUGCACAUGUCACGCGACAUGCUCUGGGACUUGCGAAGGAGUGGGGGGUGAAGGUGGCGCACGGGGUAGACUGGAGAUGCGCCACGAGGCGAGACGUCGGGAGGGUGUUUCUCCAAGUAGCUGCCAGGAGACGAGCUCUCAAGGCGGGAGAUCGAGAAAGAAAGGAUGAAUGAAUCAUUGGAGCAAAUUGAAGGUCCACAUGAGUGACCAGUGUGGUCGAUGCAGAAGAAUGGAUACCAAAGAUCCCAACUUGGCUGUUGUGGGGACAACAAUGAAAGUCGUGAGCGAGUUGUGAGGGAGGCCAGAUGGUCCCGGGCGAGUAGGGAGGUACGUGUGUGUGGUUGAUAUCUCGGUAGCGAUUGGAAAGCCUGACCUGCACAUACUCCAAAUAUUUCGGCCGCUAU